GUACGAUUUGGAGUUUGAAAGUGUGGGUUUCAACGUCUGACCUUGGGCUCGGUUUGGCUAACAUCGAUUUAAUAAGCACGUGGGAAAAUCAAAGGCGGGUUCGCAUAUUAGAUUUCGUCAUUAUUCAGGAGACAACUUUUUAAUUCUAAAAAGCCUAGGUUAUGCCCAUACAGUGCAGGUUCUACGAGGAUUUAUUCCCUGAGGUCGGAGAUGUCGUGCUCGUGACAGUUAAAGUCAUCCAGUCAAUGGGUAGCUAUGUGGAACUUCUGGAGUACAAAAACAUUGGAGGAAUGAUAUUACAUAGUGAGCUAUCCCGUCGUCGCAUAAGAUCUAUCAGCAAGCUUGUCCGAAUUGGGUCAAAUACUGAGGUAACUGUGGUACGAGUCGACAGUGCCAAAGGUUAUAUUGAUUUGUCAAAAAGAAGAGCAUCUGCAGAAGAAAUAGCGAAGUGCAAGGAAAGGUUCGCCAAAGCAAAGGCGGUCAACCAAAUCUUGAGGAAUGUAGCUGAGAAGUUAGAUUAUAAGACUGAUGAACAACUUGAAGAGCUAUGUAGAAAAACCGCCUGGUAUUUUGACAGGAAAACUGGUCGAAGAGCUGGUUCGUAUGACAUUUUCAAGAAAGUUGUGAAUUCACCGGAAAUUCUUGAUGAAUGUGACAUAGAUCAGCCAACAAAAGAAAUGCUUCUCACUGAUAUCAGACAUCGAUUAACACCAAAAGCAGUAAAGAUUCGUGCUGACUUUGAGGUUUCGUGUUUCACUUAUGAUGGUAUCGAUGCUGUUAAAAGUGCACUUCGCUCUGGACUGGAACUCAAUUCAGAUUCCCUUCCAAUCCGGAUCAAUCUGAUAGCACCACCACUUUAUGUACUGACCACACAAACGAUGGAUCGAGCUGCUGGCUUAGAACAGCUACAUGAAGUGUUAGAUGUCAUCAAGAAAUCGAUUGAAAAUCAAGGUGGUUCAUUCAAAAUUCAACAGGCUCCUCGAGUUGUUUCAGAUACAGAUGACGCGGACUUACAACGCCAAAUGGAUGAAUUAGAAAAAGCGAAUCGUGAAGUUUCUGGUGAUGAGGACGAUGAAGACGAAGAUGACGAGGAUGAGGAAGAUGAUGAUGAAGCAUCGAAUGAUGGAGACCAAAAUGGACAAAAGUGAUAUGAGUAUUUAUUCAAAUGUAUGAAUAAAGUUUCUUCGCACUGAUUUAAGAUUAGUCACACGGUUAUGUAGCAGA